AUGAUCCCUCAGACUCCCUCUCUAACUGUCCCACCUGACAGUUCCGCAGAGCAGCUCCUGCGCCUCGGAAAACCCUUUGUCGAGUUUCCGAGAUUCAGCAUCAUCAACCUCCAGGAUCAAAAAGACCACGAUGGCAACCCUCUCCCCUUUUCCGAAUGGUUAACCAAACGUUUGCAAUUGGGUCAGCCGUUUGUCAUUGCUGAUUUCGACAAGCUUGACACAUGGCCCAACGCCGACCCUCAAAACGGGCAUCAGCCUGGCUUCGGGAUCGAACGAUUGAUCGAGCUGAGCACAAAGAAAAAUAUACCCAUUCGAAAUUGCAGCACGGGGCGAGAUUUGUCUUUCACCCUCAAGAAGUUUGCCGACAGCGCGAGACAAUCCUUCCCCGAAUUUCAGAAUCUAUAUGCAAGAGAUCUCCAUUGCCCUCAAGAAUGGCUGGAACAAUGUCGCAAAAUCCUCCCCACCGAGGUCCAAUGGGGUGGUCGAUUGGAUCUCUUUCAGUGGCUGCCACAAUGUGCGAGGAGCGAGGUCAUGAUGGCCUACGUCGGUAGUGAAGGAAGCAGCUCCGGUUUUCAUCGGUGCUUCUCGAGCACGGUGGCCUUGAACCUGCUCGUCGAAUCUGACGAUCGGCCGGUGGUAUGCAUUGGGACAGAUUUCGACUCUCAAAAGAAGUAUGAUUCCUUCAUGUCCGCUCGAGGUGUUUCACCCCAUCUGGACUGGCUGAAUCUUGGAUCUGAGGAGCUGCUCAAGGCCGAUUUUCCUCUCUAUGCCUACGAUCAGCGAGUGGGUGAUCUGGUCGUCUUCCCUCCAGCCACUGCUCAUCAAGUCUGGAAUCCGUCCACCCUUUCGGCGAAGCUCGUCUGGAACAUUCUUCACCCUUUAUCCCUCGAGGUCGGCUUUCAAUACGUCCAGGCGCCUUUCAAUCGCCUUUGCCAUCCUGAUGUCGCUCGGACCAACUUGUCUUUGGCAUGUGCUAUGUUAUCACUUUUACAAGACAACCAAAGCGUGACGAACUCGUCCCUGCCACUGCCUCCAGAUCUUCCAUUGCUGUCGCGUUUGUUCCGCCAAAUGGUCCACGACGAGUCCAUCGAAUCCCCACCGGCCACUCCAAUCAGCCUGGUGCCCAUUCAAGCAGGAACAAUUGCCACAUGUAACUUUUGCAGUACCGCUAUUUGGAAUCGCCAUGUCCGGUGUACUCAGUGUGCCGAUUUUGACCUUUGUCUCCUGUGUUAUCUCAAUGGUCGAUCUUGUGAGCAUUCACAAUCAUAUGCCUGGGCGGAGCUGGUUCCGGCGGAACAAUGCACGAGGGUGCUCAAUCGCGCUCGAGAAAUCUUGGGAUUUCAGCCGGAAGAGCCUCGUGCACUUGAUCGCUGCAAACCUCUCGGGACGGCAGUUAACGACCUCAUGCGUGCUAAGACGUCGUCGACGACCAGACUUUGUCAUCUUUGCCGAAUCGAUCACCAGGAAUGGAAAGGCCGGAGGUGUGACAAAUGCACCGCUUUUUUCUGUUAUCGAGGCCUCUUCCGCCAUUUCGACGAAUACCCGGCAGACGUGCUGCGACAUAAGGGAAUGUGGAUUUGUCCCAAAUGCGAUGAGAUCUGUAACUGUCGUUGCUGUCAUUUCGUCGCCGCAUAUGUGAAAAGUGAGAAGCCGGCUAGUAAAAGGCGGGUGAAAGCUUGUGACCCCCGAGGCAAGGUGAUGGGUUUUGCAGACAAUGUCUUCGAUCAAAAAAGGGGACGACGAGAAAGCAACCCCCACGGCGUUGGAAAUGCAACAUCUUUGCCCGGCCUGGCCCAUAUAACGGGCAAGAAACGAGCAUUAUCUUCCUCAGUGGAUGCGGGUCCUGCCACGCCCUUGAGGAAAAUUGAGUUGCCCACACCAGAACCUGACUUCUCGGGGACCAGCAGGUUAGCGUUAUCCAGAGAAGGCUCUGAUUUCGUAGUGGACGGAUCCUUUGGCGGGAUGAACGGGAAUCUUCCAACGUUAUUGCCCAGCAUGAAGACUUUUCCCGAUGGCCCCGAUUUCAUGGUGAGCCCUACCGACGAAAGGCAUUCGAGAGUGAGCCGCUCGCCCGCGCUCGCCACGCUUCCGUCGUCAACUAUGGGCAAGGGACGCAUACCGUCAAAUCAUACGCUCCCACCAAUGCUGGGACAUUCCUCACCAAAUGGUAUGUUUCUACAGCGGCACAGUUCAAAUGGCAUCCUCACGACCCCCGGAUCCGCGCCGUCGGAAUCUCCCACGAAGACUGCCGCUUCGAAUGACAUCAAAGCUCCGACAACGGCACUGGAUGCAUCAAUCGCAGAACUCCAAACCCAAGUGCGAAAUCUCAAGAAAUAUGAAGAAGAAUUCAUUGCAUUGAAUCUGGAAGACAGUCGGAAGAUGCUUGCAAGUCAAGUAGCCGACUUGGAAAGCCAGAUUAAUGCAAAGAAGAGAGAGAAGAGUCUUUUAUUGAUUGAAAGACUCAAGCUGGAAGGGUUUGGAGGGCUCGCAGCUGUCGUUGGCAAAGAGGUGGGACUAGGAAUCGAUGCAUUGGGAGUCGGCAACGCCUGA